AUGGUUUCAGAAAAGGUCGAGGACCAUGAAGAAGAGAAUCAGACUGAGCAGAAGGUGGAGAACGAUGUCCAGUCAUUCCUUGCAGUGCAGGACCUGUCGAAGUUGAAUAUCACCGCGCUGACACCGCUGACGCCGGAGGUGAUUAGUCGUCAGGCAACGAUCAACAUCGGCACCAUCGGCCACGUUGCCCAUGGCAAGUCGACCGUCGUCAAAGCAAUUUCAGGCGUCCAGACCGUCCGCUUCAAAAACGAACUCGAACGCAACAUUACUAUCAAACUGGGCUACGCGAACGCCAAGAUCUACAAGUGCGACAAUCCACAGUGUCCCAGGCCAGGGUGUUAUCGCUCAGCUGGAAGCAGUCAUCCGGACUCGUUUCCCUGUGAUCGAAGUGGUUGCGGAGGCAGUUUCAAGUUGAUUCGACACGUUUCAUUUGUUGACUGUCCGGGACACGAUAUUUUGAUGGCCACCAUGCUGAACGGAGCUGCGGUUAUGGACGCUGCACUACUGUUGAUCGCUGGAAAUGAGUCCUGUCCUCAGCCUCAGACUAGCGAGCACCUUGCUGCCAUCGAAAUCAUGCGUCUGAGUAACAUCUUGAUACUGCAGAACAAAAUCGACAUCGUAAAGGAGAGUCAGGCACGUGAGCAGUACGAUCAGAUACAGCGAUUCGUGCAGGGCACCAUCGCCGAGAGCGCGCCGGUCGUUCCCAUAUCUGCUCAGCUGAAAUACAACAUUGAAGUCAUCUGUGAGCACAUCUACAAACGAAUACCGAUUCCGGUUCGGGACUUCACCUCCAGCGCCAGGUUGAUCGUUAUUCGCUCGUUUGACGUUAACAAGCCUGGCUCUGAGGUAGCUGAUUUGAAAGGAGGCGUAGCUGGCGGCAGUAUUUUACGAGGUGUUUUGCAUGUUGGGCAAGAAAUUGAGGUGCGUCCAGGGAUAAUAUCGAAAACGAGUGAUGGAAGACUUGCUUGCAGGCCGAUAUUUUCCAGAAUAAUCUCUCUGUUCGCCGAGUCUAACGAGCUGCAGUACGCCGUACCGGGAGGAUUAAUUGGAGUUGGAACGAAAAUCGACCCCACAUUGUGUAGAGCUGAUCGUCUCGUCGGACAGGUGUUGGGCGCCGUUGGCACUCUACCAGAUAUAUUUACCGAAAUUGAAAUCAGUUAUUUUCUUCUACGACGUCUGUUGGGCGUGAGAACGGAGGGCGACAGAAAGGCAGCUAAAGUUCAAAAGUUGACUAAAAACGAAAUUUUGAUGGUGAACAUUGGCUCGCUGUCGACUGGUGGUCGUGUGAUAGCUUGCCGAAGUGAUCUGGCAAAAAUUGCACUGACCAAUCCGGUUUGUACAGAAGAGGGAGAGAAAAUCGCUUUGUCUCGACGUAUAGACAAGCAUUGGAGGUUGAUUGGUUGGGGCAAGAUCCGUCGGGGCACAACGAUCAAACCUGUGGGACCUGAUGACGUUAACUAA